CAUUUUGAGAGGGUUUUUGGCAGCGUGCGCACGCGCACUCUCCUUCCUGCGCCCCAACUCCAUUCAGGUUCAGCGCAUCAACUUCAGUGUAACCCCCGCGUGCGCGCGCGCGCGCCUAUGUCAUUCGCUCCUGCAUCUGCGCGCGUCCGUUAAACGCCACCUCUCCCCGCGUGCGCCUCAGUUAAGCGCUCCUUCACAGCGCGCGCUCGCGACUCGUCUCUCCUCUCCUCUCCUCUACUCUCUUCUCCUUUCCUCUCCUCUCCUCCGCUGUGCAUGUGCAUCGUCCGUCUUGCAUCGUCGGAGCGCGCGAGCAGAGGAAGCGAGAGAGUAACGGAGCGCGUGGGGCGCAUCGUGGCUGCGUGACUCGCAGACCCGCACAACACACCCGAGCUCCACGAGCCCUCCAAAAAAAAAGCGUGAUUUCUACUGGAAGAAGAGAACACACACGCAGACGUGAUACGGGACGUUUUUUGCUUUUAUUUUUAUUUUCAUUUUUUUGUGACAAAGCAGCCCGAAAGCGGAAACUCAACUCCGAGCUCGUGAGCCCGUGUCUGCUCGCGCUUCAUCUCCAGAAGAAGAGAUGUUCUCUCCAUUCGCGUGCAUUCCCCUGCUUGCCCUCUGCCUCUCAGGUUUCGGAUCCUGUGCUGUGUUCAUUCAGCAGCCUCACGAUGUGGUCGUGGUGGCAGGGCAGCCUGUAACUCUACCGUGCGCAAUCACCGGCUAUCACGGCAUGGUCCUGUGGGUCAAAGACGGCCUGGCUCUCGGAGUUAAUCGGGACAUGUCAGGCUAUCCACGCUACGAUGUAGUGGGUGAUCACAGCAAAGGCGAGUACCACCUUCUGAUCCAGAGGACAGAGCUCGCUGAUGACGGAAGCUUCGAGUGUCAGGGCAUCCAGGCUGGCAUCAGGUCUCGACCCGCUCGCCUCACUGUCCUAGUUCCUCCUGACGACCCUGUGAUCAUCGGAGCGCCCGUGGUGAGUCUGAGAGCCGGUGACCCGCUCAACCUGACGUGCCACGCUGACAACGCCAAGCCGGCAGCCUCCAUCAUCUGGAUCCGUAACGGAGAGGUGCUCAACGGUGCCAUGUACUCCAAGACGCUGUUGCGUGACGGCCAGAGGGAGAGCACGGUCAGCACGCUGUACGUCUCGGCGUCCAACAUCGAGAGCGGCCAGCGCAUCACCUGCCGAGCGUCCAACAAAGCAGCGCCCAACGGCAAAGAGGCCACAGUCACCAUCGACAUCCAGCAUCUUCCUCUGGUGAACCUCUCUGUGGAGCCGCAGCCGAUUCUGGAAGGAAAUCCGGUCAAGUUUCACUGCUCGGCCAAGGCCAAUCCGCCUGUCACUCAGUACAGAUGGGCUAAAGGCGGCACUGUGAUCCGGGAUGCAGUGGGAGAGACGUACGAGGUGGCUGUGGAUCACUCGUUCUUCACCGAGCCGGUUUCCUGUGAGGUCACCAACGCGCUCGGAAGCACCAACAUCAGCCGCAACGUCGACGUCUACUUCGGACCCCGCCUCGCAGCCGAACCUCAGUCCCUGCAGGUGGAUUUGGGCUCGGACGCCGUCUUUAACUGCGCCUGGAUGGGAAAUCCCUCGCUCACCAUCGUGUGGAUGAAACGUGGCCACGGCGUGGUGCUUAGCAACGAGAACACGCUGACCUUGAGGGCCGUGAAACAGGAGGAUGCUGGGAAAUAUGUCUGCCGGGCCGUGGUUCCUCGAGUCGGAGUCGGGGAGAAGGUGGUGACUCUUACCGUCAACGGCCCUCCCACUAUCUCCAGCACCCAGACGCAGCAGGCUCUGUACGGAGAGAAAGGCCAGAUCAAGUGCUUCAUCCGCAGCACUCCUCCUCCGGAUCGCAUCGCCUGGUCUUGGAAAGAGACAGUCCUGGAGUCGGGAACGUCGGGGAGGUACACGGUGGAGACGGUGAGCACGGAGGAAGGCGUCAUCUCCACUCUGACCAUGAGCAACAUCGUCCCCGCCGACUUCCAGACCAUUUACAACUGCACGGCCUGGAACAGCUUCGGCUCCGACACCGAGAUCAUUCGCCUCAAGGAACAAGGGUCCCUGCGCUUGGCCGUCAUCAUCGGGGUCGCGGUGGGAGCUUUCCUGGCGCUCAUCGUCCUCAUGGGGACCCUGGGGGCUUUCUGCUGCGCUCGCCUGCAGAGGAAAGACAUGCACCUGGUAAUGUCCUCACUGCCCGUCUCGCUCUCUGCUCGCCAGAGAGAACUCUCGAGCACAAUUAAGACUGAAAGUCUCAAAGGGGUCGUCUCGGCAAAAAAUGACAUCCGGGUGGAGAUCGUUCACAAGGAUCAUAACGCGGCGAGGGAGACGGAGGAGCACGCGGGCGUGAAGCAGAUGAUGAUGGAGCGUGGGGAGUUCCAGCAGGAGUCUGUGUUGAAGCAGCUGGAGGUUCUACAGGAAGAGGAGGAGGAGUUCCAGCACAUUAAGGAUCCGACCAACGGCUAUUACAGCGUGAACACCUUCAAGGAGCACAACGCCACUACGUCGGCUGAAGUUCGCAACCCAUCCGGAGCAGCGACGCUGGGUAAACAGCGAGUACCCACAGGCAUGUCCUUCACUAACAUCUACUCCACGCUGGGAGCCGCGCCCAACCACCGACUGUACGACUACGGCGGCCGCUUCGUGCUGGCCAUGGGCUCCAGCUCCAUCGAGCUGUGUGAGCGCGAACUCAGCGAUUCCGGAUCCUUCCAGGACGCCCCGUGCGACAGCAGCGCAAGCAGUUACUUCGACAAAGCGAGCAAGGCCUCGGCUUCGUCCUCGACGCACCACUCGCAGUCGUCGUCACAGAACUCGGACCUGACACGGCCGCUGCAGAAGCGCAUGCUCACGCAUGUCUGAGGAUAAACUCUCACUGAACCUCGCCAGGAACCACACGUUCCACCAGAAACCUUUGAGAUAUUCGAUGUUUGCUUGGAUGACGCCCAACGUGGAACACGUCGGUAUUUUCUAACAAGCGACAUAUUUUGUACGUUUUACUGAGCCAGUCGUUACACAGUGACACACUGUCCAAACAAUUCUCAUCGAACGUCGUUCCAUGACAAUCAGGAUUCCAUCGUCACAGUUGUUUUUUUUUUUUUUUUAACAUUUUUGGACUUGUUUUGAGAAUACCGAACAUUUCUCUUCGAAUAUCAUUCCAUUACAAUCAGGACUCCACCGUCACGUUUUUCAGACUGUUUUAUUUUUGGAUUUGUAUGCCGUUUUCUCCCAAAUUGGUCUUUUUCCAAUUUCCGCCCACUAGCCCACUCUAACGAUCGUCCCUGUUCUGAAUACAUGAGAAUCACAUGCCUGGGAUUGGCUAAUGUCGCUGUGAUUGACAGGAGAGAGAGAGUGGGUGCCCCUCCCACCCAGACAGAGCAGCUAAUUUUGCUGUCAGACUCUAGGCCAUGGCUGGCUGUGACAUCAUCAGGAUUCAAACUCGUAAUCUCCCAGCGAUUGGGCGAACGCUUUUCCGUUGCGCCACUCGGGUUUUUCAGACUUUUUUCAAGUAGCUGGAUCGCAGCCACGUUCUCCCAGAAAAAGAACACACAAAAUUGUACCUGAAGUUAUUUCAUUAUUGUAUAUUCUCUUCCCUCUUUAGGUUCUUCAGCGUGAUAUUUUCUACGUGUGUUUAAAACUCAUUUUGCAUGGCAGAUGCAGAUCACGUGAUGUUUACAUAUCGGGGGGAAGGAACGUGGAACGGUGUCUGAAAUCACCUACUCAAUGUGAACUCUCUUAAGUGACCUCAAGCGCUUAAUCCAAGUGUGUACAUUUUUUUCUAUUUCAGCUUACAGUGUGUUGUUUACACUCGCUUGUAAAUCCCGCCUUUCCGUGCGAGUCUACUGUAAUGUUGUCAGCUUGAUGGAUUGAUGGGAUUUUUUUCUUCUCCUUCUUCAUUUUUUUUAAGAUCUACAUGGGAUGUGAGAUGGAUGUAUGUUUACGGCCGCUGUUUUAAGUGAGCCCAUCACGUUUCGCCGUUUUGCCAUUCGGUUGGAGCAUCAAGUGCCUCCUUUUGGCGGCUCUAGGUGGAAGUUUGUAUAAAAAUACAGUGUGAUUGAAAACGAUUGCAAUCCAAUGAAUCAGAUAAUCAUGGGCGAAAAGUAAGUGGUCAAUAAAACAAGAAAAAAAACUUGGAAAACGUUACAAAAUCGUUAAAGCCAUGUCAAUCAUUUUUCUGUAAAUAGACAUCCGAAGUGUGUGUACGCAGGUCAAAGGGCAAAUCUGCCUGCUCUCCUCAUGUCUUAUUGAUGCCUUGCCAUGAAUAGUUCAUGGACUCUGUUCUAAUACAUCAUAAAAAUGCUUAAUGCACACCCGUCUCGAAUCGUAUAUAUAUUCUCAAUGCUGAAUAUUCAUGCUUGGAGACAUUAUUUCAUUACGAUGUCAACCUGGACGGACUCCCGCUUUCAAUCAAUCCUUUUUGUUCAGCCUUUUAUGUCUCUCUGUUUCCAUAUAUUAAACCUCCAUGAAGGCAUUAGGGAGAUUUCAUAAACCUUCAUAACAUCCUCGCAUGAAUUAGUUAUCACGGCAUGGUUUUAAUCCAUCAUCUUGGCUUUUAAAGGUUGGCUCAAGCGUACUGGAUCCAUCACGAAACUAAAUGGAUUGCAGAAGAUGAUGCAUCGUCCGGAUGGGAAGCGUGCUGUUGUAUUUGCGUAGCCGCUGCGGCUCUUUAAAAGGGCAGCUCUUCUUGCUCUGCCUGCUUAAUUGAAAGUCGGGUCACGAGCGCCGCUGUUGGGGGGAACUCUUAAUCAGCACAUUCUUUGACUCGCCUCCGCUCUCUGGAAGCUUCUAAGGAUGUGCUGUGGGCUGUGUUGUGAGCGGUAAAUGACAACUACAGCCACUCGCCAAACUCUGCUUUCUAUUGAUUUCGCAAAAGAGCAAUAGUGAUGCAAAGUAAACGAUUUCAUUUGCUCCAGUCCACAGGAUUUCAGAGACAUUUAACCGGACACUUGAGAUUCAGCUGCGAUCCUUAGACUGGACCGCAUUGUGCUGGAAUUUCUGACCAAAAGUCUUGGUCCUUUAUCAAGAACAAAUUUUAUUUACAGUUAUCACAAGAUCGAGAUUUCGUCAUUCUUUACUAAUAUACAGUAUGUAAGUCCAGUAACAAACAAAUACUGAUCAUACAAACAUAGCAAGCCUUGAGAUUAAGGAAGGAAUAAAACACAUGCAGGUGUGCUGGUUUAGGAAAAUAAUCAAAGUGUUUUAUUCCUCAUAUAACUCAGCAAUUUGCCAACGAUUACAAUUUCAUUUAUUUAAAGAAAGACAAUUCAUACUUUUUAAUUUUGCUUAAAUACUUUAGUUACAUUUAAAGUUCUGGAACUUCCACAAAACAAGUUCCUGUUAUCUCUUACCUUAUAGAAGCCCCUCCUUUUUUCAUUUUCGAUACAAUACUGAUAUCUCGUCUCCGUUUCAGAUGCGUCGCCCUGCAGCAAGGAGAGUCUGAUAUCUUUUGUACACUUUUCUGGCCACAAGCUUCAGAAUCUUGUGAAUCACUUCAGAAGCUACAUAUUUCAGGAAAUGUACUUCCUUGUGGCAGGAAAAUAAGCUUUCAGGGAAAAAAAAUACAAUUAUCUUUUUGGAACAAGAUAUAGUCACAAGAUGUAAAAAAAAAAAAAAAAAAAAAAAAAAAAAAAAAAAAGAUAAUUAUAAUGUACAGUUUUUGAUUCAAGAUUUUUGUUUGAAACAGUUCGAUGUGUGUGAAUGGGUUUAUCUCAUGUAUUAUAUGAGAUAUCUCAUGCAUUACCAAAAAUCUUGUGGUUGCUUGUUGUUUUUCUUUUUCAUAUGUAUAAUUCUACACACUCUGAAGCCAAACCAAACGAACUAACAGAUGGAUUAAUACUGUAGUUGUGAAAGCCUCGUUAGAAAAAUGGGAUCUUAACGGGUUCUUUAAGGAUUCUCACUUGUAACGUAUUCUUGUAGGGAAACAUUCUGGUGCAGAUUUCUACAUAGAAACUUUAACGGUUCUACCAGACAGACAAGUAAAGUUUUUACCUCCUGACCAAUCAGGUUGCAGUUUGGGGGCAUGUGAGAAAAACAAACAGUGGAAAAUAUUUGUCUUUUUUUUAGUGAGCGAAUAUAAGAUGAUUUACGAUACAUUGAAUCAGAGAUCUUUCAUUGCCAAUAUUCCAAGGUUGCAAUGUAACAAAAAAUAACAUCAUGUCUAUUUUCGGGACGUUCACCGGUAUGUGAUGUGAUGUCACGCUUUAACUGCAUACAACCAGGUAACACAAACUCAUUUUCCUCAUGACCAGAGUUACAGCGAGCUUUACUUACCUGCAUUACUGACAAUAAUAAAUCUAAUCUACUGUAGAGAGCAAACUAAGAUAGGCAGUUAGCUGGUACUAGCUAGGACUGAUAAGGACAUGAGCUAUUUUUUUGUUGUUGUUGUUGUUCAUAUUUGCACACAAAAUGCUUCAACUUGCACUUUUUCUCAAACUGAUUUUUCUGAAACAUCAGCAGGUGUGUAGGAUCAGGGUUAAUAAAUAAAGAAGCGUUAUUGGAAAUAAUCUCUACUGCAUGAUCGUAUAUCCAUAUUAACGAUCUGAAACUCUAAGUUGAAGGUCACAGAACACUGACUCUAGGCUAUAGAGGUCAGAGGAGGCAACAGUUUCGGCGGCUGUUUGGUUUGUGAUCACAAUUGAGAUCUGAAGUGUACUACAAAAAACAGGAACAUCCUGAUAACAUCAGAACAGCUCCAAACCAUCUUGUGCCGUGCUUCAGAUCGGAUCCUGACACACGAUGCGUUCUGUAUAAAGCAGUACGUUGGUGCUGAAAAGGAGUCUGCAUUAAAUGGACAAAGAAAGAAAAGAAAACACUGAAUAAGAAAUUGAACGUUGUGGUGCUGCGUUUAGACACGAAUGACAAGUUGUGUGGUUUUUUUUUUUUUUCAAAACUAAACAGCAAUCCAAAUUUACAGAGAAAUGAAUUACACAACUAAUAUAUUUAGCUUCCUUAUUGUCUCUGCCUUCGCUUUUGUUUUUCCUUUCGUGUACAGUAUAAUGAACUUAUUACCAUACGAACGUAAAUGUGCUAUUUACGAACGGUUCUGCUCCACCGCUUUAAACGAUACACCAUCGCUCAAUUACAAACAUGUUCUCUUCCUUGUUUUCUUGGUUCCUGCUGUGUUCAUAAAAAAGAGCUAAUGAGAAAAGGAAAAAAAGAGAGAAAAUGAACUUUGUUUCACAGUUGGCUGAUUCGGAUUCAGCAGUGUGUAUAUUAUAAUGGGUACAAAGUGUGAUCGGCGUCUUUCCUUGUAGAUUUAAUAGCGCGGUAUAAAAUGGCAUUGAAGUUUGAAGUCGAGAUGCUAUAAAGAACGUACAGAACUUGAAUAGCGUAGCACGGCAUGGAGAUCAAUCCGCCAUGCUACAUGAGAGUCGAGCAGAACUACUGUAUAUGAUGAUCAUAUAAAAUUGUGUUACCUCAGCAGAAAAGAGUACUGACACGACUGAUCCUGCAAGAGAAAAUAAACAGAACGCUAAUGAUCCUGAUGCUAGGCAAAUGAGAGACAGAAAUAAAUAAAGAUGUUUAAAAUGAUUGAAGUAAAAAAAAAAGGGAUGCACAAAGUGUACUUUUAAUUAAUCACUGUUUCCUUGUUGUCUCAGAUGUUAAAAUAUUCCCCCGAACGCUGUCACUUCAUAUUAUCAGUGUUAUCAAUAAGGAAUCAUUAAAUGCAUUCUCCUCAUGUAA